ACAGUCUGUAGCUUGCUCGUUUUUUUCAGCCAAGCUGUUUAGUCUUCGGAGCGCGUGAGAGUGAAGGUGCUUCAACGAAGGGGAUCUGAGGGGAAGAAUGAAUCUUAAGACAGAUGUGACAGAAAUGUCUGGUUUUUGGAACAAGUUUAGCUCCUACUCGAUUGCGCAGCUCAACGAAAUGCUUGAAGAUGAUGACAAACUUAACAUAAUUAUUCAAGAAAUGGAAGAGAUGCAGGAUGUGCAGCAGAUCAAGGAGAUGAUCCUGGCCAGUAACCGGAGCCUGGCAGAGCAGAAUCUUCAACUGCAGCCCAGCCUGGAACACCAGAAGACCCAGCUCACCAAAUGCUACGGCUCACUACAGGAGAGCUUUGAGGCCUACCAGGUCCACAAGUCCAAACUAGACCACACCCCUGGGAACAGUUCAUUGGACACAUUGCUAGCUCUACUGCAGGCAGAGGGAGCCAAGAUUGAAGAGGAGACUGAGAACAUGGCCGACUCCUUCUUGGACGGCGAUGUCACCCUAGAUACCUUCAUAGACUCGUACCAGAGCAAGAGGAAGCUGGCCCACCUGAGGAGGGUGAAGAUUGACAAGCUGCAGGAGAUGGUGCUGAAGGGCCAUAGGCUGCCCCAGGUGCCAGUCUCUUGCUCCCAUCCCCAGGAGGUCUCAGCCAGGCCAGCCCCCCUCUACAUAGAGGUCAACAACCACUCCCCUGUGCCCCAGCCCAGGAGAGCUCCCCCUCCCCCUCCAGCCCAACAACCCCCAGGUGUAUCCCCCCAGCCUGCUGUCUUCUCCUAUCCUGCCAUCCCAUACCCCCCUAUCCCCCCCAGGGCAGCCCACCUUUUGCCCAGUGCCAACCCGGAGCACCAGCACCACUUCAUGUCUCAGUGCCCCCCUGUCCUUCCUCAAAGGCCUCCCCCUCGCAUGGCCCCGCAGUCUGGCUUCAUGAUUCAGUAGUGAAGGGGGUAAAGUACAUGCAGUGGACUUGCACUGCAAUCUUGCUGGAACUAUCUUCUGUGUUGUGUCAGGCUGUGAGCCUCUGAAUAUGGCACAACGUAAUGCAAAGGGGGUCGACUAACUUAGAUUGAAGGCUGGUCUGGGCAUAUUCAACUGAAAAACAGAAUCGAGUUUGAAUUUGCACUCUUCUCACCAGAAUCAGCACUCCAUUGCUACAACACCCCAGAAAGGACUUGACUGACCAGUGCUUGCGUCUGCAAAGUUAAAUCUCUCAGCGAUAGGGCUUUAGAUGUAGUCUAAAGUGAAAUAAAUUUAUGGUUAGCUGGCCUCUUAAAAUUGGGCUUGGCCAUGACCCCAGUCAGAUGAGGCCUAUUUUUUUCAGCACUUUAUGCCCCUCAGGUGUUUCCUCAGUCCUCCCUCUCCUCUUCCUGCCCGUUACAGUGAAGGUGCCUCUCAUCUGUCAUCUGUGGUGUCUAAAGCCGAAUGGGGACUAGAGCCAUUCAUUGUUUCUCAUUUGAUCUACAGUGUCAUUUGAAUGUUGUUUUUAUAUUGUGUAACCAGAGACUUCCCAGAAGACGAUGGUAAAUCAUAUGCAAUAGAUAUUUAGAGUACUAAUGUCAUACAGCGUUAUUGUUGCCAGGAAAGAUUGGACAGACAUUUUGAAAUAACUAAUUUGUGAGGUGUGUGUGCACCUCUUCUCCAGCAUGGACAGUUGUCAAAAAAGUGUGUGGAUCUCAUGCCCAAUCCAAUAUGGAGGACAGUCGAAUUGGUCUCUGUCGCUCAGGGCAGACAUGUGCAAACAUGCACAUAGUAGGGGUGGGUGGGGGUUGGUGUCACAAACACUCUGAAACCUUGGCCUCUUGGUCUUGCCUGCGAAGGAUCUGUCAUUGCCAUAUAAUCAAUUUACCUUAAGUGUUGUUUUAGUCAAUAAUAGCAUACUUGAUGCGCAACAGUUUUGGAAAAUAAUUUUUUUGUCCUUCCAUAUAUCACUCCUUUAAUCAUUGAAUGGCGUUUUCUCUUGGGUACGUUAUAAAGCUGAUUAUCGUCAUUGCUGUUGAAACAAGAUUAGUCUAUUUAAGUUCAUUCGGUGAUAUAACCAUAUACAGUCCAUAUCAAAUCAAGUAUAUACUGCAACUAAGCCAGUCAUCCACUGUUGUGUGAACAGUAAAACCCUCUGUAAUUGAAGGUAAUUAUCACAUUGACUGAACAAAGACUAUGUUAUCUUAAAGAGAUUAUCCGGUACUUUUAUAUACUUAGCCAGUAGAUCUGAAAGUAGUGCUCACGAGCCAGAAGUGGUCUGCGAAAAUUGCAUACUAUGUCACAUAUGUGCCGAUAUGUGCACCACGUUAUUGCUCUGCUGUGUAUGCAUCUUGCUAGCUGUCUUGCAACUGGUGAGUGGCUUAAGCUCAUUGGCUAGAACUCUAAUUGCUAGGGGGCUGGUCCACGUGUAGGGAAAAUGUUGCACAGCUUCCAGAAAAACAUUGAAAAGAUAAACUAGGGAUUUUGUGGCUAAUUGAAGUAAGACAGUAAUUCUGCUCAUAGAUUAUGAAUGUAUGAACUACACAUUGACACAUCAAUUCCAAAGCCAUUUAUUGAGAAACCAUUGUGUAAAAUUACUAUUUUCAUACUUUCCUGCAUCAAUUUGUCAGGUUUAUACCCAUGUUAUGACAGUAGUUUGAGGAGUGCACACUUUUGAUCCAUAUUGAUGAAAUGUGAAAAUUUAUACAGUACCCAUCUAAAAUGUUUCUUGCACCAUUUUUAUUACAAGUACUAAUCCUAAAGAAGUCACAUCAAAAGAGUGUUUGGUUACCUUGGCCUAAAUGCUGCAGUUGUGCACUGUUCGAGCCACUGAGUGCCUUCACUGAACUGGACUGAUAUGGAGGAUCACACUGCUGACUGCUCUAUGCCUCUUAUCUGUGUAAACUGACCAGGCUUGACUGCUCUUCUGGUCUGGAUCACCUUAGUUAGCCCCACCAUCAAUGUCUACUUCCCCAGCCUGUUAUCAUUUGCUGUCUGCAACCGAUGUGAUGGUGGUGCAUGCCCGGGGGCAGGAGAGGCUCGAGUCCAUCUGUCUGCCAGGCUUCUUCUCUCCUAACUGGUGCAGUUUUCUUCUGAACAUGUGCCAGAGAGAUAUGUCCUUGGGGUAUGUGCCUAAUGCUUGUGGUACUCCUACAGCUUCUUUGUACCAUCAACACAAACUGUGGUUUGCCUGCCCUGAGGUGGGUGACCACCAUUUAUAUUCUUAUGCAUAUCGGUGGUUCGCCAAGACAACAGGGCUCCUAUAUUUUUUUAAAUGUAUCUUAAUAUCUAACAGAAAUGCAUCUUUCUGAGAAAUUGGCCAAAUCGGCGCAAUAACAGUUUGCCGUAAGUUAGGUUGAAGAAAAAGCCAUGUCCCUAUUUAUUUCUCAAAUGCAAGAAAUGUUAUGUAUUGAAUACCAAUUGUUUUGAUAUACUUUAGCCUACCAGCAUUUCUAAAUUAAACGAAUGAUAUUAAUCAUUGUGUGCAUGUUUUUAUUUGAUUGUGAUUCAUUUGAGUUUUUCUGCUGUAGCAGUUUGUUUAUAACUGGCAUAAUUUGGGUGUUUGGGCUGCUUUAAAAUACAGGUUUAUUUUCAAUACUCAUGUUCAUACAUGUUGUUCAUUGUAAUGUUGUAGGUAUGUUGGCUUAUGAAGAUUGUAGAGGUGGUUGAUUAAAAUUAUGAAACUUUAAAAAAUUUUUAAGGACGGGACAGUGAAUAAAUAAAUUGUUUUUUGUAUUGAUGUCUUUUGAGUUGCCUUACUCAAUCACAGAGCUUGAUCUCUGGUUAUUAGGAGUCAGUUGGCCAUUUCAAGUUAUUUUUGAAUAUGAAGGCAUAUUCCUACACUUCAAGUACAAACUGGCGGCUGGGGUGCAAUAUUAGGAAGGUGUUCCUAAUGUUUGGUAUACUCAGUGUACGUUUUGAAUUGUCAAAAUCGUUUUAAUUGGGAAAGCAGAUGGUGUUUAUCAAAAUAAAUCACUUUGCAUG